GUGAGGAAGUGGAGACUUUCGUUUCCUUCAAUAAACUUAUUUAUACUUUCACGUUGUGCAUGAGAAAGGGGAACUGACAGCUGCUAAAAACAAAAGCGGUCCAGUGUAGGAGGGGGGCUGUUGUCUGUGUCGCAGGUGGAAUAACUUUUCGGACCGGUGCGAGGAGCCACGCUCGGGAAACACGAUGGAGGCAGCUGAUCAAGAGGUGGUCAGGGAUGUUGAUCAGCUUGCAGCGCAUCCCAAUGGCAGCAUAAACGAACUGCACAAUGUGGGCCAAGAGGAAAACGAGCAGGAGCAGGAGUUUCUAGGCCCACAAGCAGAGUACAACGAGGAGGAGGAGGAGAGGAAGUACUACAGGAGGAAGAGGCUUGGAGUCAUCAAGAACGUCCUUGCAGCCAGUGUUGGAGCCAUGAUAGUGUACAGUGUGUACAUGGGUCUACUGCAGAUGCAGCUAAUACUCCAUUAUGAUAUGACCUACCGUGAAGUGAAGUACAGCAACCUUGGCCUGGAGGACAUCGAUCACAAGAUGCUGAUGGGCAUCAACGUUACGCCCAUCAUAGGUCUGCUAUACACCCCCGUACUUAUCAGGUUUUUAGGUACAAAGUGGGUGAUGUUCCUCGCUUCAGGGAUCUACGCACUCUUUGUGUCGACCAAUUACUGGGAGCGGUACUACACCUUGGUCCCAUCGGCCGUGGCUAUCGGCGUGGCCAUCGUGCCGCUUUGGGCCUCAUUGGGAAAUUACAUUACAAGGAUGGCCCAACAGUACUACGAGUAUGUGAACUACAAAGAAGACCAUGUGCAGGAACAAAAGAAGCUCCCUAAGGGCGCGUGCCACAGCUACAUCAUCGUCUUCCAGUCGAUCUUCUUCAUCAUCUUCCAUCUGAGUUUUGUCUUCGCCGAGUUCCCUAUGCGCUUCGUCCUGAACAGUUACCUGAUCGACAACGAACAUAUCCUCAAAAAUGUCCAUAACUGCGGAGCAAACAUCAAAGGUGUGAUCCCCGGCUUCAACACCACCGUGCUCAAGAAGCUGCCUCGCUCCAUGCUGCUCAUCCAAGUGGAGAGUGUCCUCAUGGGCUUUGCCUUCCUCUCAAUGAUCAUCUUCCUGGUGCUGUGUGGCGCCGCCUACCGCCCCACCGAAGAGAUCGACCUCCGCAGCAUCGGCUGGGGAAACAUCUUCCAGCUGCCCUUCAAACACCUGAGGGACUACCGCCUGCGCCUGCUCUGCCCCUUCUUCAUCUACAGCGGCUUCGAACAGAUGUUCGCCAUCACUGGAUUCUCCCUGUCCUAUGGCGUCUGCGCUUUGGGCCUGGAUAAGCUGUGGCUCCUCAUCCUGGUCUACGGCCUCUCCUGCUCCGUCUUUUCCUCCCUCUCUCUCUGCCUCCUCCGCCUCCCGCGCUGGGUGUGUCUGGUGGGGGGUGCCGUUGUGCACAUAGUGCUGAUGGUGGUUCUCCUGGCUUUCUCGCCAACCCCAAAGACGCCUUCGUAUCUGGGUCCUCUGCUGGUGAUCUCUGUGCUGUGGGGACUGGGCAGCGCCCUGAAUAAGACGGGCGUCAGCAUUCUGCUGGGCACGCUGUACGGUGAGGAAAAAGAGCGUCUUGACUUUGUCUUCACCAUCUAUCACUGGUGGCAGGCCCUCGCCAUCUUCAUCGUCUACCUCUGGUCCAACAUGCCUAUGAGGGCUAAGCUCUCCAUCGUGUUGGCCACCUUACUGCUGGCCUGCUACUGUUACGGGGAGAUGGAGCGCCGGCUGGCCAAGAAGGUUCCUUUCAGGCUGCCACGCAUCCCUCGGCCACGGCACAAGGUCAAAGGCUACUGCUACCUGGAAGAGGACAACUCGGAUGAGUCAGACUCUGAGAGGAGUGAUGACGAGGAGGACGAGGAGGGGCAGGAGGAUGAGGAGCUUGUGGUGGAGGAGAUGGAAGCAGAGGAUGGGGACGAAGGAGGCCAAGACGCAGGGGGCCCCGGAGCUGACUCACCCGGAGCCAGGAGGAGAGGGGCCUUAGAUUAAGUGGCUGAAAUCAGGGAAACUGUCAAGUGGAACGUCUCAUGACAAAGUUGUUAGUCAUGAAGGAGGAGAGGGACCAAGAGAGAGUGAGGAUUUGGAGGCAACAGAGACGGAGAGAAUGGGAACGAAUCCGAGAGAAGAAAAUGAGUGGGAGUCAGGAAAUGAUUGAUCCUCGUUUUUAUUUAUUGUAUCUGUUUCUGAGCCCAUGCUCUUUAAUGUUCUGGACCGUUGCAAUUUUUCUUUGUUGCAUUAUAGUGAAACUUUGUUGAUGUUGUUAUCGUCAUGCGUGUUCUGGUUAUUUGCGCAUAAUUAAACAUGAGUCUUUAUAUGGCGAUAAAACAAAGCUUUGUUGCGUUUUUCUUUUUGUUGCGUUUUUUUGGGGGAUGCGACAACCUGGCUGGGACGUAGAAAGGGGUGCACUGCUAAAAAAGUUGGGGAACAGCUGCAGUAUAGAAACCAAAUAUCACAUUAUUUUGGACCUAAUACCUCAAAAUCAAUAUUUUAACAAUAGUGUUUGAAAGACCAUUGAUUCUUCAAUAUUAAAUGAUAAUUUGGAUAAAUAAUAAUCAGUAAUGUACAUUUCUUUAAGGGGCCCUAUUAUGAUUAGUAGGGGUUUCCCUCUCCUGUAGUGUGUUGUAGUUUUUAGUGCAUGUAAAUGUUCUGCAAAGGCUAUAAUUCCAAAGUUCCUUCAGAAGGAGUUUCUCUCUUUGUCACUUUAUUUUUUUCAUUUCUUUUGUUUUCCUCACCAUUUAUAGUUUUAUUAUAGAAGUCAUAUUCAGUUAGGAAUCACCUGACUAUUUUCAGGGCUGUAUUCUCUUUGAUGGUCAAGUUCUCAGACGUUAUGGUAAGGGUAAGAAUAUAUGCUCUGAAAAUCACUCCCGAAUUUACAAUGAUGCCAGAGCUACUUUUCUUAUCACCGUGGAGUGAAAUUAAUGUAAUGUCACUGACUCAAUGAGUGUGAAACUGUGUUUAUGCUACAUUUUGUGCUUCUCUCUCGGUAACACCUGUGCAUUUAAUUAAAGAUGGUGUUGAAGUUGA